CGUUAAAAAGAUAAUUUAGGAUAGACUUAAGUGAUAAUAAUACUAAUUAAAAGUCCUAAUCGUUGAAAUUUUGAUUUUUGGAUAAUAACAGUUAUAAAUUAUAGAUUCAUUCAAACUCCAUUUUCAGCUAUAAAAGGGGGGCGUAUAUUAGUAGUGGGGAUGAAUAAUACGCUUUAUUAAGAUAUAGUAAGUUUAUGGGUAGAAUAUUUAAGGAAUGUUAUUGAUCGUAUCGAUAUGAAUUUGCCUCAUGGAAUUGAUUUACGAGAUUUUUCAAUUCAACUUUUUCGCUCCUAUAUUAUAGUGUCGCAUAUGAGGGUUGCGAUUGUUUUGAUAUCGUAGUUAUAAACUUACUCAUAGGAAUUCCUCUUACAGGAGAGCACGAGGGUGAGAGAGAGUAUAAGAAUGAGAAAAAAGUGAGAUAGUGAAUAAAGAGAGCUUAGAGCUUUUCAAAUACUCAUUUUACAUACCUUUUGUAUAUAACCAAAGCAUUCUAGAGCUUUUUCAUACCUACUCUCUCUACAGAUUGCUUGUGUGUAUAUAUACCACUCUCUUCACUCUGGCUUUUCCUCUUGAUAAUAUGGCCUCUCUGAGUGUUAUGGACUUGUGAGGAUGUUUGAAAUACCGUGUGCGAGAGGAAAACAUCAGCCAUGAGUUUUCCUCAAAUUUUACUCUAGAGAGGCACGAGAGGUGGUUGAGCGAGUGGCAAACGGUCAGUACACACAAUUCUCUCGUCGUGUAAAGUCGUACUAAGAGACAAGAAGAACAUUAUUUAUAAUCAUGUUUCUGGUGUAUAUUCAAUUUUUGAAUAUGUUUUCUUCUUUCACCAAAUAUACAUUACAUUCAUCAUUUUCCUAUACAUUUUCUCGUUUGUAUUCUCUUUCUCUCUCUCUCUCUCUUAUUCAUAUAUCGACAAUGUUUAAAAAAAGUAGAAAGAAAAUACGAAUCUAUUGGUCGUGAAAUUUAAUUUUUGCAGUUGACUAAAAUAAAUUAAUCAUUUUUUGAAAACAUUAAUUGCGAAUUGCGUUAACAGAAAUAUUUUAGUGAUUUAAUGCCUAUACAAAAAAAAUCUCUUGUGAUAGAAUGUAAUACGAUAUGAGGAUCGUAUUUCUUUCUUCGUCAAUUUAUUUUGACAGUGUCUCCUGCUAUAACAUGGGAUAUAAUGUUCCGAAAAACAAUUAAAUUCACAUUUUUGUACCACUGUGUACAUAAUAUAUGAGAUUUUUGUCAGUUUUCCUCGAAUGGUGAAUUUCUUGUAUUUUUUUUUUUGGAGGUGUGUUCUUUUUUUUAGAAUGUAUUUUUGUGUUAAAAAAAAAUGUUACCUCACGUUAAACUUCUAUGGAUACAUUUUACCCCCCCCCCCCCAUAUGGAGAGAACAUCUAUAUAGAUGUUCUUACGGUUGUUUUCUCUACAAUAUUAAUGGUUGUUGUUAUACACUUUGCAAAGGCAAAAAAUCGGUUCGUUUUUCUUCCGUACAUGGCAGUCUGUGAAUAUGCUAUUUACUAAUUGAUGGUAAAACAUAGUUCUAAAAACAAAGUUCGUGUGGUGAUGCGCUGUAUUUCGCCUCUAUUUCGUGGUAUAUUGUGUGAUACGUAAUAAGGAGAGGAGCGAGUUCCUUUUUUGGUGGAUAAUUUAUUUUGUUGACGUGGUUUAAGAGGGUGAAACACGUCAGAAAGUUUUUUUUACCGCCAUCACUUAAAGUGCGAAAAAACAAAAAUUUAAUGAUUUGCCGAGACUGUGAGAUAUAUUUCUCUUGCUUACCCAUAUAUGUAUAUCAUUUUAUCAGUAGAAUGUGAAUUGAUGCUUUUUCUUAGGGAGACAUUCGCGGAUUUUCUCACGUCAUUUUUUGAAAAGUCGAAGACGAUACGUAGGUACAUAAAAAAAUAUGAGAGAGAGAAUACUUUUUAACCACAUUCCUUUUUUCAAAUUGUGCUUUUAUCUGUGAUGACACAAAAAAAAGACAGCUUUGCAGAAGACAGGAAUAUAAAAAAAGGAGAAAAAUGUUUUAUAAUAGCCUUUCUUGCAAUGAAAGAAACGAUAGUGAAAAGUCAAUGUGCGUGAAACUGUUUAUGAAAACUUUUAAAUGUCCAAGUUAAGUUUUAUGUGUGUGCUAUGUUGCGUAAAAAAGAUAUCAAUUAAAACGAUUUAAGAAAAAAAUCUACAAAUAAUAUGCAAAUAAUAGAUAAAAUUUAAUAUAUAUUUUCAAAUGGAUUACCAAAUAAAAAAAAAUAUUAAAGAUUUAGUGAACUAUAUUUGUGCAAAGAAAUCUUGAAAAACAAUAAUUUUGUUAGUGAAAAUUCUUUAAAACUACAGACAUUGUGUUAUCUUACUUUUGCAAAAUUUUAACUGUUCAACAAAUAUAUAAUGUGUCUGUGUAAUAAGAAAUGUACAUAGUGUCUAAAAUAAUAUUAUUUUGAAACAAAAAUUUCCACACAAAAUACUCUAUUCAGUACAUCGAAAUAUAUAUUAUAUUAUAAAUUAAAAUUGUAAUUUCCAGUAUACCUUUAAACUAUGGUGAUAUUCUUCUAUAAGUAAUAAAAAAAAAGAUGUAAAUUGAAAAUACUAAGUUGUAAAAAUCUCAAUUUUUAUCAUAUAAAAAUUUCUUAUGGAACAAGUUAUUAAGACAAGAGAAUUCAACAAAGAAUAUCAAAUUUAUAAGUGUAAGUUUCCAAAAUAAUGUUCCUGGCUAUUCUUGAACAGAGUGGAGAUUUAUUUCCGAAACGAUAUGACUGGGUAGGAGACCUCACAGUGGAAGGCUUUUGCCUCCAUGUCGAAAUUGUGAGGUAUACGACACCCAUUUGUUACCUGGAUCAUUACUAUGCAACGCUUGCGAACAACAUUCACGCGAUCACGGACGCCUACAGGUGCCGAAAUGAAAACUCAGAGCAGUCUUGAGGUGCCUAAACAGGUUCGCUCGGCAUCAUUCGACGAAAUCCAAUUAGAGGCUCAGCGUGCAGGUCUCCUUCGUCAGUCGACCGAUGAUAAAACAGGGCUGUUGCAGGUGCCACAGGUGACAAAUCAACGAUCACGAAGCUUUGAUUCAGCUUCGGGUACGGGAGAUGAGAGUGGGACAUUUCUAGAAGUACCGAAGCGCUUUCAAAGGCGUCGAUCGUCGGGUACAAAAUCUUCACCACCGGCAUGCGUACACUGCCAAUACCUUGAAGAAUAUGAACGCCAAGUGAGUGCGGAUCAGUUAUAUUUUAUUGAUCACCAAGAAGUACGAUCGCUCAGCUACAGUGACACAUCCUCGAGUGAUGGAGAUGCAGAUGAUGAGGAUGCAAGUGAGUCAGAAUAUGGCAAUUGUCUCUUACCACCACCCACGCCUUUUACGCCCUUUACACCAUCCUCGCCAUGUGGCAUCACGUUCACUUUGUCCCCAACUCAUGCUGACGUGCCAACAUUCCUUCCACUGGGCUCGCCACCGGCUCAAAUGGCACCAUUGGUGUUUUCACCACCACCUACCAUGGAACAACUUCCGUCGCCACUAACAUCAUCCCCGCCACCAUUUGGAGACGAACCACCACAUAUCAGCCGUCCACGAAGGCGCUCGAUAUCGCGCCAAGAAGCCGUGUUUGUGGAGCCCCUAGAGAGCUCCUUGGAGAACGUUGCACGCGCAAGUCGAGAGGAAGAGCAUUUGCCGAGGGAGAACUUACAAGAGGCAAAGGAUGAUGAUGAUGAUGAUUACGAUAUAGCGCGUGAGGGUGAGGAAAAGUCAUCGAGUUAUGGGCGAUGUGAGGCGCCACCUGAUGCUGUGUGCGACAUCUACUUGACUGUGCCAGAUCUUAAACGAGAUCGCGCCGCCUCUGUGGAUUCGUGCUUCACCAAAGUGCCAUCAUCUGGGAAAGCAGAAGAGAUUCAACCCCCACCCGAUGGUGGUUUAACACUCACCGUACCCAGUACUAAUGCCACCCGCUCGAGAUCUGUGGAUAUUGUGUUGCCAACGGAUGAGCAAGCACGCUACAAAGCCCUAGCUAUGGCCGGAGCUGCGGCUUACUCACAAGUCCACAAAGGAAAGCACGACGUGGACUCGAGGGCAAUUCGAUGUACGCCAGAUUGGAGUGAAAAUGCUGUGGCUGGGGAUCAUCUGUGGGUACCCACUUCGGUAUCUGGUGAUUGCUGCUACGUGGGGGACAAUGAAUGUGUGAAGCAUGGACCACGGAUGAAGUGUUCAGCAUGCAAAAUAAUUGCCCAUGCAAAUUGCAUUGGUAUACUAAUGGAACGCAAUAAAUUAUCGUGUAAACCUACCUUUAGGGAUGUUGGUAUACGACAAUAUAGGGAACAAACCACGACCCACCAUCACUGGGUACAUCGAAGAACAGAGAAGGGGAAGUGUAAACAGUGUGGAAAGUCACUUCAGGCGAAAUUGUCUUUUGGAUCCAAGGAAAUUGUUGCUUUAUCGUGUGCAUGGUGCAAAUCAUCGUUUCAUAACAAGGAAUCUUGUUUCAACCAACACCGAAUUGGUGAAGAAUGCUCAUUAGGGAUACAUUCCAGUAUUAUUGUGCCUCCAUCAUGGAUUGUUAAAUUACCACGAAAGGGAAGUUUCAAGUCAUCGCUGAGGAAAUCACCGCGAAAGAAGCAAGUAGGGAAGAAGAAGCCGAAAGAUCGAGAGCCACGUACAUUUGUGAUUAAACCAAUCCCAACGGCCAAUGUUACGCCCGUAAUUGUUUUUAUUAAUCCAAAAAGUGGAGGCAAUCAGGGGGCGAAACUUCUGCAAAAAUUCCAGUGGUUAUUAAAUCCACGCCAGGUGUUUGAUUUGACCCAGGGUGGCCCAAAGAUGGGACUGGAAUUGUUUCGCAAAGUGCCGCAAUUGCGUAUAUUGGCAUGCGGUGGCGAUGGUACUGUUGGUUGGGUGCUGUCAGUGCUGGACCAAAUUGGUUUCACACCUCCACCCGCAGUGGGUGUACUACCACUCGGAACAGGAAAUGAUCUAGCACGUUCCCUGGGUUGGGGUGGUGGAUACACGGAUGAACCAAUUGGGAAAAUAUUGGCCAAUAUUGGGGAUUCCGAUACUGUUCUGUUGGAUCGAUGGAGUCUCCGUGUUGAGCCCAAUCCAUCGGCUAAAAGUGAUUCAGUAGAUGGCAAAGAUGAGUUGCCGCUCAAUGUUGUGAAUAACUACUUUUCCCUGGGUGUUGAUGCUCAUAUUGCUUUGGAAUUUCACGAGGCCCGGGAGGCCCAUCCGGAAAAAUUCAACUCUCGUCUUCGGAAUAAGAUGUUUUAUGGGCAGGCGGGUGGCAAGGAUUUGUUAAAACGAAAAUGGAAGGGUUUAGCAGACUUUGUGACCCUCGAGUGUGACGGAAAGGAUUUAACGCCGAAAUUACGAGAACUCAAAGUGCAUGCCAUUGUAUUCCUAAACAUUCCCAGCUAUGGUGGUGGAACGCAUCCAUGGAAUAAAUCCGGUGGCCAAUAUGAACCAUCCACUGAUGACGCACUUAUUGAAGUGGUUGGUCUCACCACGUACCAAUUGCCCCUACUGCAGGCCGGUGGUCACGGAUCAUGCAUAACGCAGUGUAGGUCAGCAAAGAUCGUCACAUCGAAAACCAUUCCAAUGCAGGUAGAUGGGGAAGCAUGCAAGCUGAAACCAUCCAUCAUUGAGAUUAAUCUACUCAAUAAAGCUGUGAUGUUGGCAAAGAGGAAGCCCGGCAGGAUUAAUGUUCAACAUUCAACAUUGGAACCCCUAAACAUUAGUAUUAAUCGAAUCACAAUGUCCGAUUACGAGCAACAUCAUUACGAUAAGGAUUUGCUUAAACAAUCAGCCACAUCAAUUGGAUACAUAGAAGUGAAUCCCAUAGCUGAUUUGGAGAAUGUGAGAACUCUGGUGAAUCGCCAAUGUGAAACAGCUGUGGAAAGUGGUGUGAAAUUGUCGUCAGAGUGGUGCUUUGUGGAUUCAUGUACCGCAGAACGAUUUUUCCGUGUAGAUCGAGCACAGGAGCAUCUCCACUAUAUAACAGAUAUUGCAAAUGAUGCGCUCUACAUACUCGAUCAAGAUUGCCCAACAAUGCCACAGACGCCAGAGGAUGAGACGGCUCUUGCAUCGCCAAGUUCUCUCCAUCAACCACCCAAUACCAGUCCAUCUGAAUCAAGUGAAAAGGAUUCACGCGAGUGCACCCCACUCACGCCACAAAAGAAAUUCUUCAAUCGAUCUCUGUCAGGGCCUGGACCAACGACAAAUCUCGAUAAUCUCUCUCCAACGUUAAAUCGCAUGACCUAUCAAUCGGAUUCAGACAAUGAGGUGAUUCGCAAUGGAAAGACACUAGAAACAAAGACCAUCAACUUCAGAAGCUUUCAUGAGAGAUUAUUUAGUCUGAAUGAAGAUCCUUUUGGAUUCAGCAAUUUACUGGAAAAGACAACGGAUGUUGUCAUUAAAGCAGCCAAAUCCGGUGAUUUAUUGCUGCUGAAAGAGCUUCAUACCCAAGGAUAUUCGCUGUUGUCCAUUGAUUCAACAGGACAAACAGCUCUACACUAUGGUGCUCAGUAUGGACACAAAGAUAUUGUGAGAUUUCUCAUAUCCUAUGCUCCCAACUCCAUCAUAAAUAUGCUAGACAAUGAAAGAGGACAAACGGCCUUGCACAUGGCUGCAGCCAACAAACGACGAAGUAUCUGCUACAUGCUGGUAGCAGCAGGUGCAAAUCUCGACAUUCAGGAUAAUGAGGGGAGAACACCAAAGAUGUUGGCCAUCCUUGCUGAUGACCACAAUUUAGCAACGUACCUUGAAAUGGUGUGCUUGAUGCUGGUGCAGCCCAGUGAUGGGUUCAAGUUGACCGCAUCUCCAUCAGCUGGGGUGUCGCGUGCCGAUAAGACGGGCACAGCAAACACCUGGCGGAAGAAUCCGCGGGUUCGAGAUGUUCUGCAAAAAGUUCACCUAUCGACUAAAUUGAAUAGAGACGAUGAUGACGACAAUGAUGCCCGCGAAGAUAUCGGGAAUGAAGAUGACAACGACGAUGAUGAAAAACUUGAGUACAGAUUCGAAAAAGUACACCACAGCAAUGUAAAGACGAAGAUUCAGCAGGAUAUGCCUCCCAAACGAAUGAAAAAGAAAGUUUCCAAAGUGGAAAGUACACAAAAGGACAACUAUGACGACGAGGAUGACGAAGACGAUGAUAAAUCAUUGGAAGCAGCUUGGUGGAAUUUUUAUGGAGUUUUCUCGGACAAGAAAAGCAAAUUUCUCAGUGCAAUGGAAUCAGUAAGAGAGGCUGAGAAUCAGGAAAUUCUCAAGGAGGCACCCAAAAGUGAACCACUCAAUGGAAAUUUGUGGAAAUCAUACCUCAACCGGAAGCCAUUUAAUUUAAUUUUCAACUUUGACGAUGACAACGAUGACGAUGACGAAGAUAACAAAAAGGUGAAAAAGGAGAAAGAAAAACAACAAGAUGUCAAGGUUACAGAAAAAUCCAAAGGACCUCUAUCAGCGGAUGAUUUUGAAGAUUUACUCCUCUUUUUACCAUCAUUUGUUCCCAAUUACACCAAUGUGGAAAAUAUUGACUGUAGAAGGCAGGGUCAAAUUUUCCAGCGACAACUUCGAGGGCAGAAACUCUGGGCUUUUCAAAUGCUCGAUGCAACGGGAAAAAUCAGUUCAGGUCUUCUACAGGGAAAUAUCAAUCAGCUUGGUAAUUAUGAUCUGUGUACGGAUAUUGCAACACGCGUAAAAGUCACUGAAAAGGAUUCUGUGCGAAUUCAGGGAAAAUAUUGCUUGGCAUCCAUUGAAUUGCAGGCUGAAGAUGAAAAUUUGAAGUUACCACUACACCUUAUUCAAGGAAAAUCCCUCCUGAGAAGCUCUCUUGCGGAUCCUAAUCACUUCCUACCACGCUUUACGAUAUUUAAUUGGGGUAUAUGCGUACCAGCUGCAUGCAGUGCUGCGGAUAUUGAGGAUUUCCUCGAUGAUACACUUGAAGACUAUAACGCAACGGGAGUAACAGUGUUCGUUGAUCUUAAAGAUGAAGAUUGCUAUGUGAAGAAAAAACAGGACUGGAAUAAUCUUCUAAAGACUGAAUGGCAACUCACUGCUACCAUUGCUGGGGUAUGCUUUGUCCUUGUGAUUGCAACUCUUGCCACAAUGAAUGAUUGGUGGAUUCAAUGGAAGAGAGCAGCUAUUGUGAUUGAGAUUGUCGAUGGAAAUGAUGAGGAUGGGAAACGAGGUGAAAGUGUAGCAAUACCACCAGAGGAGGGCAAUACAGAACCACUGGAAAUGGUGAAUCAGGUACUAAUGGCAUUUUCAAUGAGGCAAACACUCAGGGAUUUGGUGCAUUUGCGUGACGGAGAAAUUGGGUGCAUUCAUGGCCUCAAGACGAUUGCCUCACUUUCCAUCUUUCUCACCCUAAAGACACUACAAGUUGUACGACUGCCUUGGUCCAAUAGGAUUGCCCUCACAGAAACACUCGAUAACCCAGCAACGUUGCCACUGAGAUCACCUCUUCUCUCUAUGGAUCUUUUCCUUGUUCUCAGUGGUAUCCUCGUUGCAUACAGCAUGUGCACGGAUUUCGAAACUUACGGACGAAUUCGGUGGAUUAGACGAAUUUUGGGGAGAGUUUUACGUCUUCUACCCCUAUUGGCUCUAUCUACGCUCUUUACUGCCUGGAUAUGGCCACAUUUAGGAUCAGGUCCACUCUGGGGGGAUAUUAUUGAGGAGAAUUCGGAUAUUUGCCAAGAAAGCUCUUGGAAGAAUUUUCUAUUCAUCAACAAUUGGGGCGACAUUGAGAAAUCAUGUUCACCGCAUACAACACAACUAGCCAUUGAGUUCCAACUGUUUCUCUUAUCACCACUCGUCAUUUGGCUCAUGUACAGAUCUCCAGUAAUGGGUUUGGGACUCUUUGGGCUUCUACAUGCUUUCUCAGCAGCCACGAGAUUUUCUGACACACAGCAAAAUCGUCUUUCACCCUGGAUCUUUCAUGGAAUGAAGUUAUCACAAAUUCAUAGAACCAUCAAUCUCUCCUUUGGAUCUCUUCUACAUCGUAUAACUCCCUACAUGGGAGGCCUUGGGCUGGGUAUGAUGCUUCAUCAAACUGGAAGGAAUGUUCGCCUCUCAGAUGGAAUAAAGUACGGCGGGUGGGCUUCAUGCCUCAUUUCAUUCACAUGGUGCUUUGCAUCUCAGUGGGACAUAACACGACGCGACUAUGUUUAUGAUCCCACUGAAAUGGCCAAGUCUACUGCAUGGACACCACUCAUUUGGACCAUUGCCAUUAGUUGGAUUGUUUUUGCGUGCAAUUCCGGGAAUGGAGGCAUUCUCAGUGAUAUCCUCUCUUCGAAGCCCAUGAUAUUCAUGAGUCGCAUCUCCUAUGCCAUGUAUUUUGUCGAGUUCAUCGUGCUCAAUACUACGGCAGCCACGGUGCAACAUCCAGACGCAUUUGGCCUAUCAGAUUUUCUUGAUUGGGUGGAAAUUGGAGCAAUUAUCGCCUGUGCGACAGCACUCUCAUUAAUCUUCGACUUGCCUAUGUACAGUGUGAAAGCUCUACUGCUCAAUGCCGCAGAAGCGGAAGACGCACAGCCAGCCACAGACUCUCCAGCGGAAGCGGAACAAUCGGAUAGGGCAACUGGGGAGCCAGAGGAAGAAAUUGAGGAUAUUUUCGGGGAGCAGGAUGAAGUGAAGGAGAAAUUACCAAAGAGGAAAAUUCAAUUUUAUGCCGAGGAGAAUGAAGACGACGAGCCGGAAGGACAUGUGGGUGGAGGAGAGGCCACGGAUGACAUUUGGGGAAUAGAUGAAAGAAAUGAAGAAUUCAUCCCCAAAAGACCAUCAUCGUACGCAAAGAGAUACAACUACAGCAAGACACCUGAUGAAGACAACCUUGGGGCCAAUGAAGAGGAUGAGGCAGUAGAUGAGGAAGAAGAGGAGGAAGAAAACGGGGAAGAAAUUGAGGAGGAGAAAGAAAUUACCAGGAGAUCACGACGCUGGUAAAACUUUAAAUAGUCUCUCAUCAUUUAAUUUAAUUUUUGUCAUUUACCAUAGGGGAGAGCUGGGUUAAAAAAGUCACUCAAGGGUUUAGAAAAAGCUCAAAAUAUCAUAUUUCCCAAAUAAAUCAAGCGAAAUGUAUUGCUCAUUUCUUUAGGAAAUUUACUGCUCUACAACUCUUUCUCAGACCAUUUUGUUCUAUCUAGCUAGGAAAUAUGAUAUUUUAGGCUUUUCCUAAACCCUUAAGUAACUUUAUUAGCCCCGCCCUCCCCUACUCACGCCAAUUUUUUAUUCAAAAAGAUAUUUUUCCCCGAGGAGAGUGUCCAAAUAAAGUAACGAAAAUAAUCAACAAAAAUUAUACUACAGCGGAAAAUUAACUUUUCCGCUCAGUUGAGAAAUUCAUAAAAAUCACAAUUGUUCGUUCUGCAGAACAGGAAUUUUAAGCGCCGGAAAAUCUUUUUUUAUUCAGAAUGAAAAAUAGAAUAUUCAUAUAUCCCAUAAUACCUACCACAGGAAUUAAACCUCCAUCAAAAUGUACACAGUGACAAGCAUAAAGUUAAAUCAAGGAAUUUUCGUUGCAGCUAUUUUGUGUAUAGGAGGUAUUUUGUGCUGAAACAGAGGUUUAGUAAAUUUUAACAUUGAUUUUAGGUGCCGAAAAUAUAAACUCACCACUCCUCUAUUAAUUCUUAUUUUUCAUUUGCAAAUAAGCUGUGGAUUCAUUAAAACAUUUUAUGGAACACAGUUGGAUGAAACUAACUUUCAUGAUUUCACAAAGACGUUUUAAUUUCUAAAGGCCUUUUAAUGCAGGCUCUAAAAGAGAAAUUGAAAAAAAAGGAAAGAUAGUAAAAGGAAAUAAUUUGUCUCCAUUUAUUAAAAGCUCAAGAGAACAUUCUUCUAAAAAAACAAUAUAAACUAUUUUUAUGUAAAUUGAAAAAAAAACCAUUCUGGAAAGAUGUAAUCAGUGUUCAACAGAGGCCUACCGAUUCGAAAUUCUGCAUAUGACACACUCUCCUCAAGGGAACUCUCAUCACCCACUGCGAACGAAAUAGGAUCGUCCUGUUGUGAAAUAAAUUACAUACAUCAGUGUAAAUUUUACAACAAUAAUUUAUUUAUCUCUUCCGUUUGUGACUGUUAAUAAAGUAAGUUGAACAUU